CCUUCCCCUGAUAAGUCAAUUCGUGCAUUGAUCAAUAAAAAAAAAUGAGCGAAAAUCUUUCAAAAAGCGAAAUUGGACAAUCUAAUGAAAUUAUAACAGAAAGAAAUGAAAACCAGGAUAUUAUUAAUGAAGGAUCGGAAGUAAACCAUUCAAAAAUAAUUCAGCGAGAUAUUGAGAAGGGCAUUAUCACAGUUAGUAAAGUUUAUGAAAAAGAUAAUUUAGAUCAGGAAAUUACAAAAUUGGAUAAAAUCCCAAAGUUUGAACCAUUGAUUAAACCUCAUCCCGAAACAAGUUUUACACUUAGUGGAUUAUGGGGCUCUACUCCUGUAUCAUCGGAUCAAGUUAAAGAGCCAUCAUUCGGAUAUGAAUCAUUGUUUAAUUUUUCAUUAACAUAUCAAUCACAUAUAAAGAAAUGUGCUGAAGAAAUAUGUGAAGAUCAGCGAAUAGUUAUGGAAACAGUCAAAUCAGCGGAUACAUAUUGUGCGGAAAUAAAUCAGACAGUGAUUGCUGCUCAAUUACAAGCAAAAGCUAAUUAUGAACAAAUGGGCAUUGUCAACGUAUUUAUGAAACAGGUGGAAAAAACUCAUAAGAUGAUACAUGAAAUCUUUCAAACGCUAAAUAAGAUGGAAAGUUUUUUACCAGCAGAAGAACGAUUAACAGACUCAUCUUUUGAAACAAGAAGACUCUCUUUACCACAACGAAGAACUCAUCCUAGCAUAAGUACUAUAUCAUUUAAUACAGUGCUAUCUGAUAAACAUCAAGAUUCAGAUGGUGCAUUCAGCCCAGUCCGAAGCCCUGAUAGGACAACAUUAUCUAGUGUUCAGAGUAUUCUCGGUUCUUCCGGUGAUAGCUCUGCUUCUGAACGUCUAAAGGAAAUAUAUUCAAAUACAUCACAAAAUUCAGAGGAAAGGUCAUCCUCACAAUGGCUUUCGGGUUUCAAUCCAAUGAGAGAAAGUAUAAAAAGAGCCGGAAAUGACACGAGUACUGAAAAUCUUCAAGGGUUACAGGAAACUCAAAUGACCACAAAUAAUGGAUUCUCUAAUUCUUCUUUGAUAUCGCCAUCGAAUAACUCACAUCUUAAAUCUCCAGUUAACAAUAAUAAUAAAUCUUUGCUUACGGCUAUGUUAAAGCGUACCACAGCUAAAGAAAAGAAAUCAAUAUCACCAAAUGUCCGCACACAUAGUCGAACUGUUUCAGAAACUAGCUUAGAAUCAAUAUCGAGCGAUCGCGGUCGAAAGAAUGAUGUAAAAGAUUUAACGCAUUCCAAACAAGUUCAAAAAGAAGGACCUAUUAUACAAAUUGUAAGUGGAGAUAGAAGGAGCAGUAGCGAAGAAAGGAUUGACAAUGUCGAAGAUCGUUCGGAAACGACACUUUAUUGAUGACACCUAAUUAUAACUUUAAUUAAUCUGAAAAUAAAAACUUGUAAUAUAAUAAGAUAAAAUUACAAAAAAAAAAAAA